AGAUAUCUAUAAAAAGAAUUUAAUUUGUUUAACAUACAGUCCCUAUGUAAGGGCAUGUUUCACUAUUGCAAACAUCAAAUCACAUUUUCUCAGACCUGAGUAAGACAAUUAUAAAUACCCUUUCUGUAAAUUGAUUACAAAUUGUGACUAGUUCAUUUGAAAAUUAUCAUGGCAGAAGUAACAGAAAACACUGAAAAUAGCUUGGGAAUCCCUAAAGCAGAAUUUGUGGAGGAUGUUGGAAAGUAUAUGGAACUCCAGGAUAAAGAUGCCACUAAAUUAAUCAGGAAAUUGGAUGAAGAUCACAAUAAGUAUCGAUUUAUGGAAAUGAAUUUGGUGCAGAAAAAGAAAAAAUACAAGAAACAAAUUCCUGAUAUCAAAGAAACUCUCAAUAUUAUCAGUUUAAUGAAAUUAAAAAAGAAAAAUGAAGAAGAUAUGAAAACUAAUUUCCCUGUUUCUGAUCAAGUAUUGAUGGAAGCUUUGGUUAAACCAACAGAUCGAAUUUGCUUAUGGCUUGGGGCCAAUGUGAUGCUUGAAUAUCCAAUUAGUGAAGCUGAAGAUUUAUUAAGUAAAAAUCUGCAAACAGCGUUGAAAAAUUUGGAACAACUAGAUAAAGAUUUGAUUUUUUUGCGAGACCAAAUAACUACAACAGAAGUGAAUAUGGCAAGAAUUUACAACUGGGAUGUUAAAAGGCGUCAAGCAGAAAAAAAUACAGCAGCAGCGGCCGUAACAGCUGAUUGAUUGAUUGUCAAAUGCUCGAUUAAACAUUUAAUGUUAUAUGCUUGCUAACUAAUUAAAAAUUUUGUAUCUCGUUUUAA